UAUUAUAUGUUGAUAGAAGAAUGCGUCUCUCAAAUAGUUCUUCAUAGAGGCGGAUGUGAUCCAGAUCUUCGAGCCACCAAGAGGUUCCAAAUAGAUGUCCAGCCAUUAAUUGAUACUCUAGUCGGAGUGCAUAUUAUAAGUUUAUGCGUCUCUCAAAUAGUACAAAGAUUUACCAAAGAAGAUCCACAAAGAGGUUCUAAAUAGAUGUCCAGUCGUUAAUUGAUACUCUAGUCGUACUGCAUAUUAUACGUUGAUAGAAGAAUUCGUCUCUUAAAUAAUACUUCAUAGAAGCAGAAGCGAUCCAGAUUUCCGAGCCAAAAAGAAGUUCCUAAUAGAUGUCCAGACGUUAGACUCUAGUCGGAGUGCAUAUUAUUAAGUUGAUGCGUCUCUCAAAUAGUACAAAGAUUUACCAAAGAAGAUCCACAAAGAUGUUCCAAAUAGAUGUCCAGUCGAUAAAAUAAUUGAUACUCUAAUCGGACUGAAUAUUAUAAGUUGAUGCAUCUCUCAAAUAGUACUUCAUGGAGGCAGAUGCGAUCCAGAUUUCCGAGCCACAAUGAGGUUCCAAAUAGAUGUUAAUUGAUGCUCUAGUCGGACUGCCUAUUAAGAUUCCUUCUUGAAAUCAUUAUGGAUUCCCAGAAACCGGAAAAUAAUGUUUCACAUAGCAAGACAGUGACCAAACCUUAUGGGAAAAUAGUGAUGUCACUGAACAAUUGUUUACUACCUGAAUCCAAGCUAUCGCUCACUCCAUCGAAAUUAGAUGGCUUGGACUCAGAAACUGAAACUGAUCUUAGAAUUCUCGGAUGUGAAAUGAUUCAAACUGGUGGAAUACUAUUGAGAUUACCUCAGGUUGCAAUGGCAACUGGUCAAAUCCUUUUUCAAAGAUUUUAUUAUUCAAAGUCUUUUAUGCGUUACCCCAUGGAAACCACUGCUAUGGCUUGCUUGUUUCUGGCUUCAAAAGUCGAAGAUUCUCCUAGACGAAUAAGGGACGUAAUGAGUGUGUUCCAUCAUAUUGAACAAAUCAAGAGUCAAAAAACUCUCCAGCCGAUGCAAUUAAAUUACCACUACAUCAUCUUGGAAAAACAAGUCAUCAUGACUGAGCGCAGAGUUCUGGAAGAGCUUGGAUACUGUGUGCAUGUCAAGAAUCCUCAUAAGAUUAUUGUUAUGUACCUGCAAGUAUUAGGAUACGAAAAGCCUCAACCGAUUAUACAGCUGUCAUGGAACUACAUGAACGACUCUCUGAGAAGUGAUGUGUUUAUGAGAUACGAUCCAGAAACGGUGGCGUGUGCAUGCAUCUACCUGUCAGCCCGCAAGCUGCGCAUCCCCUUGCCGAAGCAGCCGCCCUGGUUUGGACUGUUUGGCAUUUCCGAAGACCACAUUGUCGAUGUGUGCAAACGAAUUCUACGGCUCUACCAACGGGCAAAGGUGAAUGCUGAAGAAUUGGAGAAGAAAAUGGGGGAAAUUAAAAAAAAGCAUCAGGAAGCCUGUGGACAGAUCUCGGGUAGCAAUGCUCUCAACUCAGGAGUCUCUCCCUCGGCUAGGAGACAUGUUGAAAAGCACCAAAGUAGUAGAUGGUCAAGGUUAUCAAGAUCUCAUUCACCUCAGUUGAAGUUGAGAUCACAUUUAAGGUCAAGAAAUCGUUUGCUCAAGCAUAAUCGAUCAAAUAAGCACAGCCGAACACGAUCCUGGUCUGGAACCUGGUCAAAGUCAUCAAGACCUCAUUCGCCUCAAUACAAGUUAAGAUCACGUUCAAUGUCAAGAAAUCGUUCGCUCAAGCAUAAAAGAUCAAAUAAGCACAGCCGAACACAAUCCCGGUCCCGAUCCCGGUCCAGAACCCGUUCAAGGUCAUCAAGAUCUCAUUCGCCUCAAUACAAGUUUAGAUCACAUUCAAGGUCAAGAAAUCGUUCGAUCAAGCAUAAAAGAUCAAAUAAGCACAGCCGAACACAAUCCCGUUCCUGGUCCCGAUCCCGGUCCAGAACCCGUUCAAGGUCAUCAAGAUCUCAUUCGCCUCAAUACAAGUUUAGAUCACGUUCAAGGUCAAGAAAUCGUUCGCUCAAGCAUAAAAGAUCAAAUAAGCACAGCCGAACACAAUCCCGGCUCCGAUCCAGGUCCCGUCCCCGGUUCCAAACCCGGUCCCGGUCCCGAUCCCGGCCCAGAAACCGUUCAAGGUCAUCAAGAUCUCAUUCGCCUCAAUACAAGUUUAGAUCACGUUCAAGGUCAAGAAAUCGUUUGCUCAAGCAUAAAAGAUCAAAUAAGCACAGCCGAACACGAUCCCGGUCCUCUUCUCAGUUCCGAUCCAGGUCCCGUCCCCGGUUCCAAACCCGGUCCCGGUCCCGAUCCCGGCCCAGAAACCGUUCAAGCAUAAAAGAUCAAAUAAGCACAGCCGAACACAAUCCCGUUCCCGAUCCCGGUCCAGAACCCGUUCAAGGUCAUCAAGAUCUCAUUCGCCUCAAUACAAGUUUAGAUCACGUUCAAGGUCAAGAAAUCUUUCGAUCAAGCAUAAAAGAUCAAAUAAGCACAGCCGAACACGAUCCCGGUCCUCUUCUCAGUUCCGAUCCAGGUCCCGUCCCCGGUUCCAAACCCGGUCCCGAUCCGGGUCCGGAAACCGUUCAAGGUCAUCAAGAUCUCAUUCGCCUCAAUACAAGUUUAGAUCAUGUUCAAGGUCAAGAAAUCGUUUGCUCAAGCAUAAAAGAUCAAAUAAGCACAGCCGAACACGAUCCCGGUCCCGUUCCCGGUUCGAUUCCAGGUCCCGUUCCCGGUCCCAAUCGCGUUCCCGCUCUGUAG